AACGGAAUAUGGUGGGGAAGUGAGAGCAUUUUGAUCCUAGAUUCCUAGUUAAUUUAGUUUGUAUGUUUCUAAUAUUAUAGUAUAUUCAUUCAGUUAAUACUUUAUACUGAGCUAUGGAAUUUAAAGUUGAAAUUAAAGAAGAGUUGGUUGAAUAUAAUCAAAAAGAUCUAGAGAGCCAGCUAUCCACAUCAAUAGAUCUGGAAAACUUCAAAAAUGAGCUAGAACUAGAAGAUAACUCAGAAAUGGGACCAAAAGCUGAAAUUAAGGAAGAGUUUGCAGCAGAAUGUUCUCAAGAAUAUAGAGAGAAUCAGCUAUGUACAUCCCAAGAUCUUGAAGACUUGGUUAAUAAAGCAGAUGAAGAUAACUCAGGUUUUUGUCAGAACGGAAUGAAAAUCGUGAAAACUGAACUUGCAUGCUCUACAGAACAACAAAUAAGUGCAACCAUUGAAGAAACACCAUCAAAAAAUUCUAUUUGUAAAUGUAAAAUUUGUUUUAAGCAAUUUAACCAGGCAGGUUCUUUGAAACGAUAUUUAAAAACACACACUGCAAAAAAGCUGAACAAGUGUGAAAUUUGUUUAAAGCAGUUUGAUCGAGCACACGAUUUCAAAUGUCAUUUGAGAGUGCACACUGGAGAAACGCCUUACAAGUGUGAAAUUUGUUUUAAGCAGUUUACAAUAAAAAGAAAUUUGAAAACACACUUGAGAGUGCACACUGGUGAAAAACCUUACAAGUGUGAAAUUUGUUUUAAGCAGUUUAGUCAAGCAAAUAAUUUGAAAUCUCAUUUAAGAGUGCACACUGGAGAAACGCCUUACAAGUGUGAAAUUUGUUUUAAGCAGCUUACAACAAAAGGUACUUUAAAAACACACUUGAGGAUGCACACUGGAGAAACUCCUUAUAAGUGUGAAAUUUGUUUUAAGCAGUUUAGUCAAGCAAAUAGUUUGAAAUUUCAUUUGAGAGUGCACACUGAUGAAACGCCUUACAAGUGUGAAAUUUGUUUUAAGCAGCUUACAACACAAGGUAGUUUGAAAACACACUUGAGGAUGCACACUGGAGAAACUUCUUAUAAGUGUGAAAUUUGUUUUAAGCAGUUUAGUCAUGCACAUAGUUUGAAAUACCAUUUGAGAGGGCACACUGGUGAAAAACCUCACAAGUGUGAAAUUUGUUUUAAGCAUUUUAGUCGAGCACAUAGUUUGAAAUCUCAUUUGAGAGUGCACACUGGAGAAACGCCUUAAAAGGGUGAAAUUUGUUUUAAGCAGUUUAGUCAUGCAUAUAGUUUGAAAUACCAUUUGAGAGUGCACACUGAUGAAACGCCUUACAAGUGUGAAAUUUGUUUUAAGCAGCUUACAACAAAAGGUAAUUUGAAAACCCACUUGAGAAUACACACUGGAGAAACGCCUUACAAGUGUGAAUUUUUUUUAAACAGUUUAACCAAACAAGUCAUCUGAAAAAACAUACGAAAGUUCACACUAGAGAAAGGUCUUACAAGUGUGAAAUUUGUUUUAAGCAGUUUAGUCAUGCACAUAGUUUGAAAUACCAUUUGAGAGGGCACACUGGUGAAAAACUUGAGAAGUGUGAAAUUUGUUUUAAGCAGUUUACGUCAGCAAAUGACUUAAAAAAACAUUUGAGAGUCCACACGGGGGAGAAGCUUUACAAGUGUUAAAUUUGUUUUAAACAGUUUAAUCAAAGAAUACAUUUGAAAAGACAUGCGAAAGUUCACACUGGAGAAAGGCCUUAAGGCGACCGUACACGGACUGCUGGGUCAGUUUACCACUGAGCAACGUACACGGACAGCUUGAGCGGUCGAUUGUUGACUGCUCGAAUUGUCGCUUGCAACUACUCGAGAAGUUGACUUUCUGCCGCAGUCGAAUCAUGGAUUCUGACGAGGAAGUACUCUUAGAUCUGUAGACUGCUCCUAGGGCAGUCAACAGCCAAAUUUAUUGCUAAAUCUUUAUAUUUUUUUUAUGUACCUACUAUUUUUUGCAUUAAGACUUUUUUUUUAAUAUGUGCCCACAUUUAUUUUGUACAAUACA